UUGUUAGGAUGAAGUGUACUGAACUGCUAUUCUUCUUGUCUAUGCUGAGCAGCUUGAACAUGGCUGUGCGUGGGGAAGGUCGUAUGGAGGAGAAUCGUGCUGGAGAACCUCGUCCGGGGAAGCACGAAACAUUUGGUGCUUUCGGUCUCAAGGACAGACAGUCUCGCGAAGACAGGAACAGUUCCUUCGGCAACAACCGUGUGAUUUAUCCCCACAGCGGUGACAUGGAGCUCGUGAGGGAGGACUUCGAUGGUAGAGAGUACAUCAAGGGCGAUCAAAAUAAAGGAAAAAAGAAAAAGGGUCCUAUAGAUUGGAUCAAGGGAAAACUCGGUAUUGGCAAAAAUAAAGAUAAAAAAGGAGCCGAGGAAGGUGAUAAAAAUCAAGAAAAGCCAAGAGACCCCACGAAAAAUGCGGAUAUAAUGGUAGAGGAACAAUACCAACGUAAGUGUUACGGGCGGAGCGGCGCUAGUUGCUCUAUACCAGAGCCCGUAAUGCAACACUCUUCUGGAGGAAGAGGUAAUAAGAAUGGAAAACCUAGGAAUAGACACCAGAAAUAUGUGCCUUCGGAAGACGAAGAAACCUAUGAUGGGCAAGAACACAAUAACCGCCGUGGACCAAAACCCGGGAAGCAAUCACGUGGACGAAGAGGUAAUAAGAAUGAGAAAACUGGAAGAGGUAAUAAGAAGGAGAAAACUGGGAAAAAACACCAGAAAUAUGUGCCUUCGGAAGACGAAGAAACCUAUGAUGGGCAAGAACACAAUAACCGCCGUAGACCAAAACCCGGGAAACCUAGAGGGAGCUACUGAAUAUGCGACACGCAACCCUUCCAUUUUUGAUCGUAAUGUAACACAUCGACUUCAUUUUUGUCGAGGAAGUGUCUAUGCUUCACAUUUUACCCAAAUAAAACUUUUGGCCUGUU